AUGAAUCACGACGAGGCUUUCUCAUCUCCGUCAAGCAAAUUGAACACAACCGCCCAGCCAAAAUUGUUCCUCGACUUACCUGUGGAAAUCAGACUCGCUGUUUACGAACAUUUCGCCAACAUCCCUCCGAAGCCAAAAUGGUCGGCAAAGGGAGCGAAGGAUCUGUGGAUAGUCCAGCUCGGUGGAGACGCCAACAAGCAGACGGCUAAAGACACUGCGCCUGAGGAACACUCGUCCAGCGCGCAAGGCGAGACGACUGCUUUGACGGCACAAAAAGACUUCGAGGCCUACCAAGUCAUCACAGCCACGAGACAUGCCCUGUUGUUGACUUGCAAAAGCAUCCAUGCAGAAUGGGCUCCGCUGUUCUGGUCCACCACGACAGUUGUUCUAGGGUUGACCGCUCAGGCCGACCCAGCCACCUUCGAACGGCGGUUCCUCACCCGAGUCGACGAAUACAAGCUUUAUUCAAUCCGACAUCUGCUGUACUGUCCGCUGAGAUGGAGGCCACACAUCAGAGGCCGCCCUGUUUCAACCGAAAGUGACUGCGACCACAUCGGCGUCUUGAAAUUGGGACGAGUCUUGCAGACAUAUCCAUCAUUGCUGAGUGGCCUGAAGAAUUUGAAGCUGACUUUCCAGCCGGGAGGUCUUCUGCCAACCCACUACGUCUUGAAUGCGCGAGCUGGAGAGAUAGCAGCAGACAAAUGGACUUCUAUGGAUCCGGGUGGUGAGUGGGAUACCUUUAUCCAUAUGUUGAAUGGCAGUGAGGGUGUGGCAGCCUGGAAGGCCGACCGGAUCAUUGAAUUCGAGGCAUUCCGAGUCGUGCCCGAAGGUGGGGUGUACUGCUGGAUCGCUGCACGCUGGGAGUUGACGUGUCGGCGAAGUUGA